AUGCAAACCACGUUCCUGAACCUUUCCACACCUGUGUUUCUCCCUGGAGCAUUUUUUUUAGACAAACAAUCGGUAACAAUGGCGGAAAUGAUACGGACACAUGAACGGAGCACGUCGGUGAACGGAAAUGAUGAACUCGGGGAAGCAAAAUGGGCGAAGCAUUACUCGUCUAUCCACCAGAUACUGUUGGUUGAGGAAGGAGAUUUCUCUUUUUCUCUGAGUUUGGAGAUGUCUUUUGGGUCUGCUUUCAACAUUGUAGCAUCUUCUCUCGAUUCUUCUGGUAAUGAAUCCUUACUUCUUUGA